UAUGAUCUCCUGAACUUGGCGCGUCCUGGCUCAUGUAGACUGAGGCUUUGCCUUUAAAAGCUCAAGCGUGGACCGGUGAACACAUAGUCAGCGUGCUCCGCGUCUGAAACACAUUACCUUCAACCGAGAAGCGUUUGACUGAGGGCACAUCACCGACCAUGAGCUCUUCACGCAGCGUGGGACUUUAUCUGACGCUUUUACUCGCUCUUCUGUGCGAUGCAUCGGAAGACCCUCCUGUCCAAAAGGAAGUUACUGACACAGGGAUUGAUAAAGAUGGCCUUCAGCAUGAGUUGCCACUUAACCCUAAGGUGCUGGACGUUUUGAUGAUGCAGAAACCGAUCAUCCCUGACCCUUCCAAAGUAAUAGUUGCAGGCUCUUCAGACACGACCCAGAAAGAAGUCACAAACGUUCACCCUGAGAAUGUCCCAAUAGAUCUCCCAGUGUUUGGCCCAGAGGUUGAUUUCCCCCCAGCCUUUCCAAAAACAGGCAACCUGCAAGAUAUCUGUCAGUUCAGUAAAGCUCCGGUCCGGUACCCUAAGGACAUGUUUCCCCAGGAUGGCUUUGGCCAUGCGUUUCGACAGGCUGAUGCUAUCAAUAAACUCCAGUCCUGGUACGGUGUCUGCUGUGGCAUUGAUAAAACACAGGAAGAGCAAAUCUGUUGUGCUGAACAAGCGUGGAAGAAGAGUCUGGCUGCCUACUGUUCUCAGGAAUUCUCGAUUAAGACCAGUCACUACGUCUGCUGCAAGAAGAGCGGGAAGGCCAGAUGGAGCUGUUUUGAUAAAGAGGCUUCAAAUACUUCAUAUAACGUCUCCUCCGAGGUCUCAAAUGGCAACAGUCCACAAAAGAUUCAAGGCUUCAAAUAUAACUCCAGCGCUUGCAAAGGCUCAUCUGUGGCUUGUCCAGAAGCACUUAUGAAGCAGACCGAAGCUCCAUACACCAGCUUUCCACCUGGCCGUCUUGAUUCCUCCAACAUCAUACAUAUCUGUGCUCAUCACAAGCUCCGACUACGAAACAUGCCCAAGUGUCUUCCUCGCACUCGCUACGACUGGCUGAUCCGUCAGGCGAAGAUCAUCAAUGUCCUGGAGAGAGAAUAUAACCAGUGCUAUGAGGAGAAAAAGGACCAGCAACUCUGCGCUGAAAAGAAGUGGAAGAAGAUGGUUGAUGAGUUUUGUAAGGAUGAGAUGAAAACCAAAGGACAGCAGUUUGAGUGUUGUGGAAAGAAUAAGGAAGAAGAGCAGUACUCCUGUUUUGCAGCCUCUGCCCCAGAUCCAGAAUAUAGACCCACUGAUGGAGCACUCAGCCCUUCUGCUGCUCCUCCAACCCUCCAGACAUUACGUGAUACACAUACAGCUGCCCAGGGCAUGUAAGACCCUCUUCAUUCCAACUUGACUGUUUAACAAACUUACAAGUGGUUGGUAAGAAUGUACAGUAAAAUACAAUAAAAACUACUU